GGAAGCUAUACAGGAAAUACAGAGAAUGGGUAGAAAACAAGUCCUCCCGUGACAACAGGCUCUGCCUGGAAAUCACACAAUUAACAAAUGAAGUCAACAGCACCACAGAGAGAAUCAAAACUCCAUUUCUCGAAACAGAAGAGACCCCAACAAACAGCUCAAUAAUGCAUGAACAUCUUUCAAGAAUCAAAGAGCUGUGGAGCGAGGAAAGAAGACUAACUACCGCCAUAAUUAAAAAAAUCAAAAGGGAAAAUAUACAGAAAG